CCCGGGUACAGACGGGCUCGCGCAGCUCCUGCAGUAGGGUCACAAGGCUGACAUAACACCUGGAGAGGGACAAACGUUGCUCGGGACACUCCAGUGUUUUUAUAAAGAAGAGUGGAACAGAAAAGGACUUUAAUGCUGAGAGAAGACUGGACAGUCUCUUCAGACAGAAGCCAGCCAAUCAGAUAAACUCUUUGCUGUGCGCUAAGCAAGGAACUGAGAUUGCACUUCUUUUUCUUAACACUUGCAUUUUCUGUUUCUGAUCUGUCCCUCCCUAAAGCUGCUGCCUCUUGGACAAAGCUGGGAGCACUGGGUUUAAGGGAACGUAAAUGCCUGCUGAGAUGGCACUGGCCGGUUCACUUUCUAGCAAACCAGUACCACCACGCUCCAGACAAGUUUCUACGGUGGGGGUGGAAGUGCGCCAGAGCAAGCUGGAGUUUUUCUGCAAGCUGGGCUACGGUAAGCAGGACAUCUGCAAAGUGCUGGAGAACCUGGGCCAAGAGGCCUUGGAGGAUGAUGUGCUGAAAGAGCUGAUUCGGAUAGGGAGCAAACCUCAAGCUCUGGAGAGCCGGGCUCAGCCUUCCCCGCUCAAACUUGUUGCCCGUGGAUCCUGUAGCACUGCAGCACCGUUGAGCUGGCUUGGAGAGGACGAAAGCGAUUCCUCCGACUAUUUGAGACCCAUUGUGAUUGAUGGCAGCAAUGUUGCAAUGAGUCAUGGAAACAAAGAGGUAUUCUCCUGCUGGGGGAUCCAGCUGGCAGUGGAUUGGUUUCGAGAGAGAGGACACACAUACAUCAAGGUUUUUGUCCCACUCUGGAGAAAGGAGCCCCCUCGACAAGACAGUCCCAUCGCAGAUCAGCACAUUCUUGAGGAGCUGGAAAAGCAAUCCAUCCUCGUGUACACACCGUCCCGGAAGGUGAAAGGCAAGAGGGUGGUGUGCUACGAUGACCGCUAUAUAGUGAAAGUUGCUUAUGAGAGGGACGGAGUCAUCGUUUCCAAUGACCAUUACCGGGAUCUCCAGAAUGAAAAUCCCGAAUGGAAGUGGUUUAUUGAGCAGCGGCUACUCAUGUACUCUUUUGUCAGUAACAGAUUUAUGCCUCCUGAUGAUCCAUUAGGCCGGCAUGGACCCACUCUUAAUAACUUCCUCAGCAAAAAACCAGUGCUUCCUGAACCAAAAUGGCAGCCUUGCCCCUACGGUAAAAAGUGCACCUACGGCAAUAAAUGCAAAUUUUACCACCCUGAGAGACCACAUCAAGCUCAGCUCUCAGUCGCUGACGAGCUCAGGGCCAAAAUAAAGGUCCCGCUAAGCCUGGGGAGAGAGGAGGAGAAGCAGCGUAGCGGCUCGCCGUUCCGGCCUGGUGGGGAGCCCGCGCCCCAUGGUGCCUGUGCGGAGAUGCUGCGAGAAGGCCGUGGCGGCGUUGCAGAGGCUUCCUGCUACCCAGAGCCACACCGGGCCUGGGCUGCCAGCACCGGCCCUGGCCCUCACCUAGGACUGCACCAGCAGUCCAUACAGCCAGAGCCACCGCCAAACCAGCCCCUCCUGGAGCAGAUGUCAGCCCUAUCCCUCGGGGACGGCACCUACGGCUACAGCUGGUCCAUACGUACCACGCAGGACGGAGAGGUGCCGGAUGGCCCUCAGGGCUGCUCUGACCUCAGGCGCAGCCCGUACCCGCUCCUUCCACCUCCCAGGCUGGAGCUCCCCAGCUCCCCACGAAGCCCUUUCCAGCCGGCGGUGCUCCCGCUUUGCCCAGAGCCCUGCCAGCCCCAGGAGGCCUACGGUGUGCCCUGGGCCGGACAGACGGGCCUCUGGCAUCUUCCUGAGGGUGCUCAGCACAAACAGGCCCCGGAGCCUCAGCACCGUGUUUUGGCGCAGUCUGCAGCUCUUCCCCCUGACCCACGACACUUGUACAGCGAGCAGCACCUGCAGCAGCAUUUCCCCAGCCAGCCCCUGCAGCCACCUUUGCUCGUAGACUCCAGUGAUGGACUGGGCCUCUUCCAGAAAGCCCACCCUUACGCCAAUGCCUUUUACAGUGACUAUUGGCCCAGCCCAGCUGCAAAGCCACCCUCAGCCCAUCAAGCAAACAUCUACAAGGAGCUAUGCGCUCUUUUCCCUUACAGCGAGGUGAACCAUGCCAUGACUUUGUACCCUGAUAUCAAGGACGCUGCCAGCUUGACUUUACUGAUUCAAAGGCACAGAAACUUAUGAAGCUUCCUGAUCGAGUCUUUCCCAACAAGCACAAGUCCUGGGGCAAAAAGAUGCUUAACUGAGGCUUAACUAAGUGUGUUAAAGCGCUUUAGGGCAAAGGUUAGAGCAGUUCCAGGAGCAUAAAUCUAUGUUGCACAGGGUGUCAAGGCAAAGGUUGCCAUUCACUGAAGUGAGCUCUCCUUCACCUCCCAUGGAAUGGAAUGGGAGAGCUCAGGAUACCUGGGCUGUCAGCAUUUCAACUUCACUGCUGGCUGGGUUCAGCAUGGCAUAGGUCUUCAUUAAUGCCCUGAAACACUAGACAUGUUUCUAAAGUCAUAACCUAUUGUUCAGCUCCCAUCAAAGAAGCUGUGCUCCAUGGUCCCUAGUAAAGGGCCCUCCCCAGACUCCCAUGACCUCCCAUAUUGCUCAGCUAGCAUAACAAGUAACUUGGCCAAUUUCCCCUAACACAGGGCUGUGCUCUCUGCUAGAAGACAUCUUUGGCUCCAUGUUACUAUUGCCUGACACAGGUCUAGCCCUGGCCUAACAAGCUUUCAAAGACACAGCUGGUAUUUAUAAACCAAUGCUGUGAACACAUAGUGUCACUAGCAGAGGUGCUGGAGGUGCACAAGAGCACUUGAAGGGAGCUCCAGGUGCAUUUCUCAGCGAUCACACAUACUGAAAGUCAAAUCAGGGAAGUUAUCAUCCUAAGUGUAAGUCCUGAUGUGGACUGAGGCCUUUGGGGAUGUUAGUUAAGAAAACCCUACCCUGGUGUCAACACAAUUAUACAGCUGACUAACUUACAAUUAUAAACAUGUAAAUUGUGUUCUGUUGGGACAGGUUUGAUUUUAAGUAAGCUGUAAAGCUGCAUUAUUCCACUGAAUUCUUCAAUUCAAAUAUUAAGGCUGAUCCUGAAGGGGUUUUUUUGGCAUUAUACCAAAGUUUAAGUAUGUCAGUAUGACAUGUUUUAGAACUGCUUUAAACACAUUAUAAAAUAGUCAUCUAGAACACUUUGUUAUGAAUAAUGUCCUUAAAUUUUUUUCCAUUCCUCUUAGUACUGAGAGGCUUCAUCAAGUCCAGCAUUAAUGUGGGAUUUAGAGACUCUGACCCUGCGGUAUCUCUGGUUCUUCUCUGAAGUGCAAUCAGUGAAGUUGGUCCCAGGCAAGAAUGAAACAUGGACCUCACUGACAGCUUUGAGUUCUCUUGCUUUCAAAAAGAUAGCUGAAGAGUAGCGACUUAUCUUUAGUGACAUUAUCACAUUAUGCAGUCUUUGAAAGUGGUGAUAGUUCUACCUGUUUCUCUCUGGAAACCAUCAGCACCUUCUUUUUUUUUAUGAUGGUAUUUAAAGAAUCAUGAGGAAAUAAGUAAGUAGACUGUAUCAGUUCAAUCUCUUAUGGCCAUGUGGUUGGCUCCAAGAAAUUCUAAUUUGGAGUGUGGAGAUAAGAUUUAUCUUCACAGUUUUUUUUCCAUAUGCCAUGAAUUUUCCACUGAUUAUAGAAAUUCUAUAUAACUGGAUCACCAGAAUGGCUUAUAAGUUUACCCACUGCACAUUACAUCAAAAUUAGAAAUGACAUCAAAACAAAACCAUGGAAUAAAUGUCCUGUGAAAUGCUUUGAGAAGUACUCGAGUCCUACGGCCCACGUCAGUUGCGCUGAAAUACACCACACACCAGAGUGAAGCAACCCGAGACAGCUCACGGAUUAAAUGCCUGGAUUGUGCCUGUGCAAGGCCAAGCUCUUUGGCUUCCCUAACGACCUGCACGGCAGCUUUCCCAACCACUGCUUGACACAUCUAUCCCCUCGCAGAGAAAGCAAGAUGUGGGGCGCAAAAAUACCUUCCACAUACCCAAGCAGAGCCAGUCCCAGACGACAGCAUUCAGAAAACACACACAGAGCAAUGGAGCAGGAUAUAACUGUGCAUCUGGGAUGUAUGUUAAGUAUUUCAUAACAGAAAGUAUUUAAAAUCUAUAGGAGAAUUGGUACCUUGCCUUUAUACAGUGCCCUCAGCUUGCUGGAGAGGUGUGCAUAAGCUCUCUUUUGCCUUUGAGGAUGCACAGGAAUUUGGUUGUUGCUCAGAACACUGUCUUAGUGUUUAAUAACUUAUUUUUCUUUCAUUUCUGUCUUAUUUACUGGGGAAUCUUUCAGUAAAAUACACAGAAUGUGCAUUCUGCUGAGAAAGUGUCUGAGAAAAUAAAUCAGACUUUGGUGCUAAACAGAA